GAAGAAGAAGCGAACGCUUAACGACACGAGGCGGGAUUUUAGCUCCAUUUUCUGCAGCGGUGCUGGAGCAGGAGGUCUGUGAACGUCAGAACUGGCGGGACACGCUUACUUCUGACUUACUGGACUGUCAGCCCGAAGGAGAUGGAUGGACAAGCUGUCAUAUGUGGCGGUUCUUCGGACCUCCCGUCGCUUCGGCGCGCCCAGGCUUGUUGCCGAGGGAUACUGAAGGCGGUCAACGAGGACGUGAGGGAAACGGAGCACCGGCAACGCCUCAGCCAGUACCAGUGCAGACUGGAUGCUGCGCCUCAGUUCAAGAGUCUGGACCUCACCACCAAGACGAUGAUUCACGAAGGUCCUCUCAUCUGGAAGGUCAACAAAGACAAGCAGAUCGAGAUCCAAGCGCUGCUGCUGUCAGACUGCCUGGUCCUCCUUCAGAAAGGCCCCGACGAUCGGCUGCAGCUACGCUAUCCGUUCCGCUGGUUGGGAGGAGCAGGAGGGGUCAUGGUGGACAACAAGCCCUCGUUCAGUCCUCUGGUGAAGCUGGACGCGCUGCUUGUCCGCUCCGUAGCCACAGGUACACGGUGGCACUCAGUGGACUGAAGUUUAGAUGGCCGGGUUUUUCAUUUUUUAUUUAAAUGCCUACUUUUCCAGACAAAAAAGGCGCUGUACAUCAUCAGCACUGCGGAGACGCUGAUUUAUGAGCUGGUGGCAGGAUCGCCAUCUGAGAAAGACACCUGGAUAGGUUUACUUGAAAAGACCACCAAAGCUUCAUCUCCAAUGUCCAAUCACAGAUCACUUUCUGUACCUUCUCCCAGACUACGCGGCACUUCACCCGUCUUAACUGAAGUCAACCCUGUGGAGGAGCAGGCGGGUUUCAUGGAGUCUUCCCUCCAACCAUGGCGCCGUGUUGGGUGACCUUCCCUCUGACCAACUUGGAGCUGGUAGCUGUGAUGAGAACCUGGCAGUCGGAGUGGCCGACGCCGCCCUACACGACGUGGAAACCCUGCGGAAGC